GGUCCUCCAGCGGCCUUUUUUGCCCACCGUGGAGGGCACCUUGUGCCUGACGGGCCACCACCUCAUCCUCUCCUCCAGACAGGACAACACGGAGGAGCUGUGGCUGCUUCACUCCAACAUUGACGCCAUCGAGAAGAGGUGCAACAAAAAGUGUGGGUGUUGAAACCUCUCCAGGGGAAGCGGGCGUCCGUGAGGUUGCGCCGUACCGAUAUUGAGCGUGUAGCGUACUGCCGGUUGUGCAAUAAUAGUGGGAAGAUUGUGGAUGGGAACCCUUUCGCUGGGAAAAACCCGGGUGUUCGCUGGCAGUGUAGGAAACGUGAGCCUCGCUGCCUUGUAUUGGAUUUCGUUUCUUGAAUACAUCUUGCAGGUUUGUAGGCUCUCUCGGUCGGAUCAUCGUCAAAUGUAAAGACCUGAGAGUGAUCCAGCUGGACAUUCCUGGUAUGGAGGAGUGUAUCAACAUUGCCAGCUCUACUGAGGCUCUCUCGACGCUUGAUUCCGUCUCUUUGAUGUACCCUUUCUUCUACCGGCCCAUGUUUGAGGUCGUCCAUGACGGAUGGAAUUGUUUCCGUCCUCGAGAUGUUUUUAAAGACCUCGAGUCUAUGACAGACGAGUGGCGGCUGAGUGAAGUCAACAAGCACUUCGACGUGUGCCCGUCCUAUCCUCCCCUGGUGGCGGUGCCCAAGGGCAUCGACGACGACGCGCUGAGGGCAGCGGCGACGUUCCGUCACGGCGGCCGCUUCCCUGUUCUCAGCUACUACCACAAGAAGAACGGCAUGGUGAUGAUGAGAGCGGCUCAGCCUCUCACGGGCACCAACGGGCGGCGCUGCAAGGAAGACGAGAAGCUCAUCAACGCCACCCUGAGGCCGGGCAAGCGCGGCUACAUCAUCGACACGCGCGCCAUCAACGUGGCCCAGCAGGCCAAAGCUAAAGGGGGCGGCUUCGAGUCCGAGGCCAACUACCCGCAGUGGAGGAGGAUCCACAAAGCCAUCGAACGGUCGGGCGUGCUGCAGGAGAGUCUCAUCAAGCUGGUGGAGGCGUGCAACGAGCAGUCGCACAGCAUGGACCGCUGGCUCAGCAAGUUGGAGGCUUCCAAUUGGCUGGCUCACGUCAAGGAGAUCCUGACCGCCGCCUGCCUGGCGGCGCAGUGCAUCGACAGGGAGGCGGCGUCCGUCCUGGUCCACGGCACAGAAGGCACAGACUCCACGCUUCAAAUCACUUCCUUGGCCCAGAUCAUCUUGGAUCCCGGCUGCAGGACCGUCCGAGGCUUCCAGGGCCUGGUGGAGCGAGAGUGGCUCCAGGCGGGUCACCCGUUCCGGCAGCGUUGCGCCCAGUCGGCCUACUCGAGCGGCAAACCUCGCCAGGAGGCUCCCGUCUUCCUGCUCUUCCUGGACUGCGUGUGGCAGAUCCUGCGGCAGUUUCCGUGUUCCUUCCAGUUUGGCGAGGCCUUCCUGGUGCUGCUCUUCGAGCACGCCUACUCUUCCCAGUUUGGCACUUUUCUGGGCAGCAGUGCGGCGGAGAGGGCCAAACUGUCCGUGUCCGAGAAGACGGUCUCCUUGUGGUCGUGGCUGAAUCGGCCCCGGGAGCUGGAGCGUCUGACCAACCCGCUCUACGAGGCCAACGGUCUGGUCAUCUGGCCCUCGGUGGCCCCUCAGAGCCUGCUGCUGUGGGAGGGCGUUUUCCUCCGCUGGAACCGCUCGUCCCGGCGCUUGGACGAGGCCCACGAGGAAAUGGUGCACAUCGUGGCGUACAACAAGGCGCUCCAGAACCGAGUCAACCUCCUGCGCCGGCAGCUGGCCCAGCUGGAGACGGAAGAGCCGCUCCCGCAAACGCCGUAGACGCGGCGCCGGGCGGCAGGUAGAAAACGAGAAGCGCCUCGCCGAUGAUUGCAAUUCUUAUUGGCAAAAUCAACCAACGUUUUGUGUUUACGUCACGCGCAGCCGGCGUCGCGUCGAAGGUGAAAGGAACAUUUGCAUUUAUUCGCUGCUGUAAAAAGCCGAACAUUCCCCGCACGGUGGACAAAAGUAUUGAGACGCCCCUCUUCAUCAGUCUGCCGUCCCCCAGGGGCCGCAGCGUGUGACCUUUAAAAUACGCUUGCUUUCUACGCAACCGGACGGGUGAAAUAUUGAGAAGAACGGCGGCAAACGCGUGGCUGUCGGCAUUUGAAACGGCAACUGCGCAGUUAACUCCUUAUUCACUUACUUACUGGAAGUUGCCCCAAUACUUUUGUCCAUACAGUGUAUCACGUGCUCCUGAGUGUGUCGCCAUGGCAACCAAUGGAGUGCCGGUCAUAAGGCCGAGCGUGACUUUUUCUUUGGCUGCACGUUGCGGCGUCGUAAUAUACUGCUACUAAUAAGCAUGACAAGCGCGAGCGGCUGCAUUCGCGCGUCAAAUUGAAUAUUUAUCGCCGCCGCGACUUCACCUUCCGGAUCCCACGCAAGAACUGGAUCGAAACUUGUUUCUUAUUGUGGUUUAGGUUCUUGCUAUAUUUUUGGAUUGCCAUGGUUACACUUCAAGGUCUUCACAGUGUGUUCUUUGAGGAUUUUGCACUUUUGCGUUUGCAUUUGGCACCUUUUGUGUACAAGCCGAAAUGAAUGGAAAUGCCGUUAAUCGCGCCAGCCUCCCCCCAAAAACAAACAUGUUUUUUGAUGAGGAAAAUUGCACAUUGCAAUAUUGCGCUUUAUAAAAUCAUAGAGUAAUAAAAUCAUGAAAUACAAUGUCAAGAAUGAAACAAUUUGUGCAUCUUGAUUUAACGCCUCAAUUCAAUUCAUCGCGCUGCUCCUUCUGGUGUGCCCAAACAAGUAAGAGUCACAACAGCUCGCAGAGAUUCAGUCAAAAACGCAAACGAUAAAGAAUAUAUACCUGUGACAUUGUCUAUCUAUGUGUGUUAAUGCGCCGUUUUUGUUGAAGUGUGCUUUGCGUAAAGGGCAAGAACGCGAUCGAUCCGGCUCGUUAGCCCGUCGACGGCGUUUACCAGUAUGUGUGCGCAUUAAGCUAGCGGGGGGGGGGGGGGUGUUCUCAAGGCUAAUUUGCUUGGUGAUUUGAAAUACAAAAUGUGUUUUUGUUGUCUGUUUACUGAGAGAGUAAACUUCAGCUGGGAGUGGCAGUAAAUAGCUUUUGGAUGAGACGUUCACGAUCUGCCCAACUUGUUGUCAAGUGAGUUGACUUCACUGCCACCAUCCAGGGGGAAAAAAAAAAAUAUCGCCCGAAUGGAAAGUCGGGUCA